GUAUAAUUCUACGCUCGAAUUUUAUUGACUUAAAGAGGAAGCCCAGAAGAAUUUGUUUAUUAUUUAUGGUUUGCUAAUGAGCCCGGAAGAAUUUGCGUCGUCUAGCUCGAUCCAGUAAUUUCUCUCCUGACGUAACGGAUUAGUUUUUCGUUCUCAUCAAUUCAACAUUGAUUUUCUGUCAGGAGUAUCAAUAUCAUGGACCUCGAAUCAGUGAUCGAGUUUCUUGGAUGCGUUCCGCUGCUACAGAGGCUGCCAAGCUCGUCCCUAAGGGCAGUAGCUGAAGUAAUUGUCAUUAAGAGCUACGAGAGGGGAGAAUACGUUGUUCGUGAGGGUGAAAAGGGAGCUGGAGCCUAUUUUAUAUGGGAGGGAGAGGCUGAAGUCCAUGGUUCCAUUGAUGCAGAAGAAGAAAAUCGUCCGGAAUUCCAGUUAAAGCGUUAUGACUAUUUUGGUUAUGGAACCUCAACAUCUGUACAAGAAGCUGAUGUAGUUGCUUUGUCUAAGCUCACAUGCUUGAUCCUACCUCGGGAACAUUAUUCAUUAUUAAACCCAAUGUCAAUUUGGAAUGCUGAGGGAACUCCUGAUACAUGUGCACUUGUUGAGAAAAUAUUGCACCUAGAGCCUCUGGAAGCGAAUAUAUUCCAGGGGAUUACUUUACCCGAUGCUCCAAAAUUUGGAAAGGUUUUUGGAGGGCAGCUAGUUGGCCAGGCUCUGGCAGCAGCAUCAAAAACUCUUGAUUGUCUCAAGCUUGUCCAUAGUUUGCAUGUAUAUUUUCUUCUCGUUGGGAACUUUGAUAUGCCAAUUAUAUAUCAAGUUCACCGUAUGCGUGAUGGAAACAGCUUUGCUACUCGGAGAGUGGAUGCAAUACAGAGAGGAAAUAUCAUUUUUACAUUGCUCGCUUCAUUUCAAAAAGAAGAAGAAGGAUUUGACCACCAGAUAGCAAAAAUGCCACCAGUGCCAUCUCCAGAUACGCUUCUAUCAAUGGAAGACUUGCGUGAGAGACGCAUAACAGAUCCAGCUCUUCCGAGGACGUACCGGAACAAGGUAGCUUCCAAGCCGUUUACUCCUUGGCCAAUUGAGAUACGAUUCUGUGAGCCUAACAAAUCGACAAACCAGACCAAGUCUCCUCCCAGUGUGAAAUAUUGGUUUAGAGCAAGAGGAAAACUUUCAGAUGAUCAAGCCUUGCACAGGUGUGUAGUAGCAUAUGCUUCUGAUCUGGUAUUUAUUUCAGUAAGCUUGAAUCCCCAUCGUAGGAAGGGUUUGAGGACAACUUCCGUGAGCUUGGAUCACUCGAUAUGGUUUCACCGGCCUUUAAGAGCUGACGACUGGCUGUUAUUUGUAAUACACACGCCUUCCGCCUACAACGCUCGCGGUUUCGUUUCGGGCGAGAUGUUCAACCAAAAGGGGGAGCUCGUCGCAUCGUUGACUCAAGAAGGGCUAAUUCGGAAGGCGAGAUCGCCAGAACCAGCAGCCGCCUCGAAGUUAUGAAGUGUGUUAUCUAGUGUGGUAGUUGUCGACCUAAACUAUUCCCGUUAUCAAUUUUGAAGUCCCAACGUUUUAUGAAGUUUGUUUCAGCCAUGAAUGGAUGGCAGCGGAUAAAAGGUGGUAUUGGAAGCCAGCAAGUUUCUCAUUUUUUAGUAGUUUUACUAUUCUAUGUAUCUCUAAAACCAAUAUAUAAAUCUAAUAGUUUCAAAACAUAUACACAGAGAUUAAAUCUAUGAUAUUAUAUUCUCGACCAAAAGGUUGGAUGUUUAUAGUCACCCAAAUGUGGUUAAACUGAAAAAAGAAAAUUUUUAUGGUA